UCGACCCGUUCAUUAGGAAACUGUCUCUACUGCAGAAGAGCGCGCUCGCAACAGCAAGAAUGGAAAUAAAAGUGUCAGUGGACGGAAUUCCGCGUGUAGUCUGCGGGAUCACAGAGCAAACAACAUGUCAGGAAGUUGUUAUAGCUUUGGCUCAAGCUCUAGGACGCACUGGCCGCUACACACUGAAGGAAAAGUUCAAGGAGUAUGAACGCAAUGUAACACCAGAAGAGCGUCUUCUGGAGUCAUUAAGGAAAUAUGGCGAGCAGGUGCGCGAGGUUCAACUCACGCUCCACCACAACGGGCCCUCUCUGGGUGAAGCAGGCCCUGGUGUCAACACAGUCCAACUGAGGGGUGGCCGCUACCAAAGUGGGGGUGGUGCCCAACUGAGGCGAGCCCACAUAGGCCACGGGCACCGGGCCAGUGAGGGGAGAAGCCUGAACCGCCAGAGCCUCCCACCCCUGUCCCGCCUGAGGUUCCACUCUGAUUCGGCAGCUGAAGAGCCCAAGAAGCCGAAGAGGAAGUCCCUAACACUAAUGGAGGAAGCCCGGGGAUGGCUGGAGAGCCUGGGCCGCAGUGGUAAACAGCAGUCAGGGCUCAGAGAUAAGGCCAAAGGCAGAGAUGACAAUAGCUGUGGUGGCACUAGCAGCGACAGGGGGAACCGACUCUCUCAAAGCAUCUUUGACCCGACAGCCCAGGUAAUUCCCCCUCUGCCUUUGCCACAAGGGAGGAAUAGGAGGGAGAGAGGCCAGGCGUAUGAGUUGCCAAAAGUCAUUAGUUGCCUUGGGACUCAAAGCAGUGAGGAUCAGGUGGCUGACAAGAAGAGAGGAGCAGAGGCCAAGGCACAGAAGAGCAAGAAGAAAGGACUGCAGGCCAACCUGCCUUUCCUGAGAGUGGAGGAAUUGCACAUCAAGGCCAACCAGGAGGUCGAGGAUGAGAAAGAGGAGCUGAGGAAGCUUAUCCUUCGCCAGCAGUCCAGUCUCCUGGAGCUCCAGACGCAGGUAGACACAACAGAUGGUCAGAUCAGUGAGCUGGAGGAGCAGCAGGCAGAGGAAUAUGCUGCCCAGCAGAGCGCAGAGGCCCAGCUAUGUCUGCUUGAGGAGGAAGCCGAGCAGCUGGACUUCUGGGAGAAUGAGCUGAAGGCCGAGGUGGUGUUCGAGAGGGAUCUACUGCAGCAGUUUCUGGAGCUGAAGAAGGCGGCAGCCGAGUGCAAGGCCAAGCUCCAGGAAUACCAACGCAAGCUUGAGGGGCUCGACCUCAGCUCCAGUCUGGCAAACCUUUUCCCACAAAGUGAGGUUUGUCCAAAGCAAGACGGUGCAACAGAAAGACCAAACAGUCACACCAGCCACUCUACAGUACAACAUGCUGUGCGCAACACAGAAAUUGGUGAGCACACUUGUCCAAAACAGAAUGUGGAAAAGUCAGAGGGGCCGCCAGUGGCCACAAAGCCUCCUCGUGUCUUUGUCGCCCCGGUUCAAGCUACAGACUCUAGGAUGAGCGAGAGGAGCCAGCUCAGGGAGUGGUGGGCAAGAUGGUCCGCUGGUCAGGGAUCCACAGCAGGGACAAAACCCAAAGCCUUCCAUCGCUCAGAGAUCACCAUACAACUUAACAGCACCCGGGUGUGAGGGGCAGGUGUUCAUGGACACACAGAUGUUGUACAGCUCAAGUUUAGGUACAGAACACGCUUUGCUCGGGACAUCUUAUGAAAUACUCGCUUAGAGAAGGGUAUGUAUGGAUUCGCCUAUUGCCUGUAAACUAAAACCUGACUACACCUUUAAGAAAUAAAAAAAACUAUAAAAAA